UGUGUCAACAGCAGAGGGAAGAAGAAGAGACACAGAGGAGGAAACCAGAAAGUAGCUGCGCUGCAGACAUGGACCUGCGGUCUGAGCUGCUCAAGUCCAUCUGGUACGGUUUUACAGCCCUGGAUCUGGAGAAGAGCGGUAAGGUGUCCAAGUCCCAGCUGAAGGUGCUGUCCCACAACCUGUGCACAGUCUUGAGUAUCCCACACGAUCCAGUUGCUUUGGAGGAGCACUUCAGAGAUGACGACGAUGGUCCGGUUUCCAGUCAGGGUUAUAUGCCUUACCUCAACAAAUACAUCCUGGACAAGGUUAUCGAGGGCUCUUUUAUUAAGGAAAACGUAGAUGAGCUGUGUUGGACACUUACGGCAAAGAAAAACUACCAGACGGACAAAGCCAGUAGCACUGUUCUGCCAGAGAGGGAUGCUUUUCGACUCUGGUGCAUUUUUAAUUUUCUCUCUGAGGACAAGUAUCCAUUGGUUAUGGUCCCCGACGAGGUGGAGUACCUUCUCAAGAAGACAUGUAUGGCUAUGAGUAUUGAGUUCAACUGUGUUGAAUUAGAGGACUUCUUCUCCCAAGAUUCGGUGCAACAAAGCGGCAUUACUGUUUGGGUUUUUCUGGAGAUGAUGAACUCGGGAAAGAUGGCCAGAGGCAUCGAUAAGAGCAUAAUCAGCAUGGCGAUAGAGGAAGUGUACAGGGAGAUAGUUGGGGACGUCCUCAAGGAGGGUUAUCUGUGGAAGAAGGGCCAGCUGAGGAGAAACUGGAAGGAGCGCUGGUUCACCUUAAGGCCGAGCAACUUGUCCUAUUACACGGGGGAGGACCGCAAAGACUGUCAAGGCCACAUUGUUCUGGAUGGGAACUGCUGUGUGGAGGUGCUGCCUGACCGGGAUGGGAAGCGGUGCAUGUUUUGUCUGAAAACCCUCUCCAAGACUUAUGAGAUGAGCGCCUCCGACACCAAGCAGAGGCAGGAGUGGACUACAGCCAUUCAGACCGCUAUCAGGCUGCAUGUGGAGGGGAAAACAUCCCUCCACAAAGAUUUGAAGCUGAAGCGGCGUGAGCAGCGGGAGCAGCGGGAGAAGAGACGGCAGUCCAAGGAGGAGGAGCUGCAGAAGCUGCGGGCCCUGCAGGAGGAACGGGAACGGAAGCUGGAGGAGCUGGAUCUCCUAAAAGAGGCGCAAAAGCAGGCUCAGGUCCUCCUGGAGCAGGACGAGCAGAGGAGGCGCCAGCAGCACGAACAGCUCCAACGGGCCCUGGAGGUGCAGCUGCGGGAGGCCGAGGAGGUGAGUGCGGAGGCUCGGGUCAGCAUGCAGGCGGAGAUGGCUCUGAAAGAGGAGGAGGCGGAGAGGCAGAGGAAGAGGAUCCAGGAGCUGGAGGAGAUGCAGAAGCGUUUGGAAGAGGCGCUGCAGCAGGAGAUCAAAGCCCGGCUGGAUGAGGAGUCCUUCCGCUUGGCUCAAGCAGGGUUACUGGCCGAGGAGGAGGAGAAGAUGAAGGCCCUGAUGUCCCUGCAGGAGGAACAGGAGGAGUACAUCCUGAAGACACAGAGGGAGAAGCAGGAGCUCAAACAGGAAAUGGAGAUCAAGUCACGAUCCCUGGACGAGGCGCAGAGGCAGCUGGAGGAGGUCCGCGCCAACAGGCACAGGGUCGACCAGGAUGUAGUGGCUGCCCAGCGCAAGCUUCGCCAAGCGAGCACCAACGUCAAACACUGGAACGUCCAGAUGAACCGACUGAUGCGACCAAUCGGACCAGGCGAGAAGAGACCCUCGUUGGGAAGCUCCUUCUCAAGUUUCCAGAUGCCGACUCAGAGAGAUCCCGGGCUGCGUCUCAGGAGGAGAUCGGGAUCAGAGGAUCAGGACGAGGAGAGCAAAGAAAAUGUUGACAGCCGGCCUGGAAGUGAUUUAGAAAAACGCCACUCACAUAAGUCUAACGGCGACAUGGACAUCCCCUAAAAACAUGAGUCAUAGUGGCUGCACAGGUCGCUUCUGUCACUUCCUGAUAGACAGAGCAAGACAUGAAAACAGUGGAACAUCUACUCAUGAAACUGAAUUUACUACCAAUAGUACUAGCAGUUCUAUUAAAUGUUGAAUUACUGACUUACAACUAAUGCCUUCACAGCCGCCUGUGUGAGGCCCGUUCUGGACUUAGACGUUAACUCUGCACAAAUAAAGCCAGCUGCAAGCAAGAUCGUGAGCGUAGGUUGUGAUUAGAUAGGGACUAAUAAUUGCAUACAAUGCAAGGAAGCUCGUUGCUUUAGUUCUGUGAUAUUGACACAUAGCAUUGUUUCAUUUUUCCUUUUUCAGUUGACUUUUCUUUAGUGUAAAAUGUUGGUUCAGCAUUUGAGUUUACAACAGUUUCAUUUUGAAGUAUCAUCACUGAUAAAAAGGAAAGAGAGAAACGUCUCAUUCAACUUCCUCCUGCUCCUAUUGUCCUUUGACAUAAUUGUAAAUAAAAGAAUAAAAUCGAUGCCGUAACCAGAUAUCUGCCUGUGUUAAAUGAUGUGCCAAAUGCAAUUUACAGAAAUUGUUAUCUUAACUGUCAAUAAAAUAACAAUGUAUACUUUA